CAAGGGGCUAGUCCCGCCCGCGGGGACCGGGGCUGCUCGGAGCAGGUUUAAAGAUGGCGGCGGAGGCGGCGGCGGCACGGAGUGGGAGGCGGUUUCCGUGAAGCGGCCGCGGCAGCGCUCCCCCACCCCCAUCCCCGCCCCGGGCUCGGGCAGGAGGAGCGGCGGGGACCCCGGGAAUGGCCCAGGUUGAAAGAAGAAAAGGAGAGCUGCUUGUCCAGUGAAGAUGCAGUCUUAGUCUUCAGCUAUUUAAGCUGAAUGCAUUGUGAUUUCCAAUAAUUGAGACAGUGAUUCUGAAAGCUGUCUACAUUAAUGAAAAGAACAAUGUAGUCAGCUUAACUGAAUCAUCAGUGUUGCAUAUUGAAUAGAACAUGAUAAACCUAUCUUGAUGGACUUAUGCAUGUUAGGAAUAUAGAUAUAUACAUUUAUUUAAAGCAUUUUUUAAAAACAGUAGUUUUGCAGUUUUAAAUAUGGAGAAAUACGAAAAUGUACCUCCCCUCCCUAAAGAACCUGCAAGAGAAAUGAAUGUGGAGAAUCAUACUUGUCCCCCACCUCUGCCGCCUAAUGAACAGCCUCCACCACCUCCCCUGCAAACGUCCAGUGACGCAGAGGUAAUGGACGUUAGCUCUGGUGGUGAUGGACAGUCAGAUACCCCUGCCGGGGACACGCACAGUAUCUGCAGAACACAGCUUCUCACAAAGGGAUCUGCCUGCUACAAAAGUCGUCUUAUAAUAGACCCUAACAGUAGUGACCAAAGCCCAAGAACUGCUCGUCAUGCACCUUCAGUUCGAAAGUUCACCCCAGAUCUUAAGUUACUUAAGGAUGUAAAGAUUAGCGUUAGCUUUACGGAAAGCUGUAAAAGCAAAGAUAGAAAAGUUCUGUACACUGGAGUUGAGCAAGAUUAUAAGGCAGAUACAGAUUUUGGUAUUAAUAAUGUCAAUGGGGAUUUGCAUGUUUGUCCUUUUGCUGGUAGUAAUGGUAAAGCUGUAGGAACAGGGGGUGAAAAUGAUGACAAGAAGGAUGAUGAAAAUGAUACUGAUCAGGAAAAGAGAGUGGAAUAUGCAGUUCUGGAUGAAUUGGAAGAUUUUACCGAUAAUUUGAUGGAAAUAGAUGAAGAAGGAGGAGGGUUCACAUCUAAAGCAAUUGUUCAAAGAGAUAAAGUGGAUGAAGAAACCUUGAAUUACUCCUACGAGGACGAUUUUGAUAAUGAUGUGGAUGCUCUUCUGGAAGAGGGUCUUCGAGCACCCAAAACACGGAGACUAGAAAAUGAGAAAUACGGCGGUGAAAGUGAUCACCAGUCUGAUGGAGAAACAAGCGUGCAGCCUAUGAUGACCAAAAUUAAAACUGUACUUAAAAGUCGUGGCCGCCCUCCUACAGAACCUUUGCCAGAUGGAUGGAUCAUGACAUUCCAUAACUCAGGCAUUCCUGUAUAUCUGCACAGAGAAUCUAGAGUUGUUACCUGGUCUAGACCUUAUUUCUUGGGAACAGGAAGCAUAAGGAAACAUGAUCCUCCCCUUAGUAGCAUUCCCUGUUUGCAUUACAAAAAAAUGAAGGAAAAUGAGGAAAGGGAACAAAACAAUGACAUAACCCCAAAUGGGGAAGUAUCGCCCAUAAAGCACAUAGAUAAAUCUUCAGAACUGGACUGCCAAACAGAAGAGCCAGAUUCCACUGCUGCUGAUUCUGGGCCUUUAGAUGACAAAGACCCCUCAGGGGGAGAUGCAGCACAAGGAGCCUUAGGACAAGUUAAGGCCAAAGUUGAAGUAUGUAAAGAUGAAUCUGUAGACCUGGAGGAUUUUAGACGCUACCUGGAAAAGCGUUUUGACUUUGAACAAGUUACUGUAAAGAAGUUCAGAACCUGGGCCGAGAGACGGCAAUUCAAUCGUGAAAUGAAGCGGAAGCAGGCAGAAUCGGAGCGGCCUAUUCUGCCUGCCAAUCAGAAACUCAUUACCUUGUCUGUGCAGGACGCACCCACAAAGAAAGAGUUUGUCAUUAAUCCCAAUGGGAAGUCUGAAGUUUGCAUACUGCAUGAAUAUAUGCAACGAGUCCUAAAGGUUCGCCCUGUUUACAAUUUCUUUGAAUGUGAGAACCCAAGUGAGCCUUUUGGAGCCUCAGUGAUUAUUGAUGGAGUGACUUAUGGGGCUGGAACUGCCAGCAGCAAAAAACUUGCCAAGAAUAAAGCUGCUCGAGCUACACUGGAAAUCCUUAUUCCUGACUUUGUUAAACAGACCUCUGAGGAGAAGCCCAAAGACAGUGAAGAACUUGAGUAUUUUAACCAUAUCAGUAUUGAGGACUCACGGGUAUAUGAACUGACCAGUAAAGCUGGACUCUUGUCUCCAUAUCAGAUUCUCCAUGAGUGCCUUAAAAGAAACCAUGGAAUGGGUGACACAUCCAUAAAGUUUGAAGUGAUUCCUGGUAAAAAUCAGAAGAGUGAAUAUGUCAUGACUUGUGGCAAGCACACAGUGCGAGGCUGGUGCAAAAACAAAAGAGUGGGGAAACAAUUAGCUUCUCAGAAAAUCCUACAGCUACUGCAUCCACAUGUGAAAAAUUGGGGCUCUCUUUUGCGUAUGUAUGGUAGAGAGAGUAGCAAGAUGGUUAAACAGGAAACAUCUGAUAAAAGCGUGAUAGAACUUCAGCAGUAUGCCAAAAAGAACAAGCCAAAUCUGCACAUCCUGAACAAGUUACAGGAAGAAAUGAAAAAACUGGCACAAGAAAGAGAGGAAACACGAAAGAAACCCAAGAUGACAAUAGUAGAAUCAGCUCAGCCUGGUAGUGAACCUCUGUGUACUGUUGAUGUGUAAUGAGAAAUCUUACAAGUGGGGAGCAAUAACAUAAAUGGAGGAACUAGAUUUUCAACAAUUAUUUAAAAAUCUGUUUGCUGCAGAAUGCAAGAUAACUUUAAAUCCAAGCUGCUUCAGUUAUGCAUUGUUCUUUUUGCAUCAUCAGGGCAAUAUUACAUUUUCCUUUAUUCUUUUCUUUCUUAUUUUCCUUUUUUUUUUUCUUUUUUUUACCUCUGAUAUGUAUGUUUAAAGGAUUGAUCAUAAAGAUCUCUACUUGGGCAAAUGCACAGAGAACAGGCAUGUUCACACAGGAUGAACUCAAGCAAGCACUUUUUCCUUGAAAGUCAUCCACGCUGUUUGAAACGGAUGUGUUUUAAGGAUCAAAUUCAGAAUAUCUAUGUACAGGUUGAAGCUGAUACUAUAUAUAUAUAUGUAUACAUAUAUAUGAAAUAUAUAUACACCUUCUUGUAUGAACAUGCCUACAACUAUUUUUGUGAAAAGUUUUGUUGCAUUUCAGCACAUAAUAAUAUGCACUGAUAAGACACUUUGGUGACAAAUACAUGAAAGUGAUGAGCAAUGUUUCUAAUGCCAUAAGAUUAGGCCAGUAAUGCUGUUUCUUUUUUGUUUGUUUGUUUUGUCUCCUGCUAGGCAUAGUUAUUCAAGAUCACAGUAAGCAGGUUUGGGGUUUUUUGGGGUGGGAGGCUUUUUUUUUUUUUUUUUUUUUUUUUUUUUUUUUUUUUUACUUGAAAAGAACAAGUGUACCUGGUAGUGUUAAGAGCAACAAGCUGAAUAUCCCAAAUUGUUGGGCUUUAUUAUAAUUGAAAGAACCUAUGAUUGUUUACAGAUCAAUUGAAAGUGGAAAAUAUGGCCCUAUUUAUUUGAUUAGAAUAAAAACUGUAAUUAAGUUUGCCACUUGAAAGGCUGUUUUCAAAGCUUGGAGCCAAAAUGUAACUGAAGAUAGUUGACAGUCUGAAAAUAUUUUGCCAAUGCAUUGUUUAAAGAUGUUCCACUCCCUCUCCCCAGCAAUAAAACAGUUUCUCAUUUUUUGGAGUCAGAAUACAUCUGACUUGAUGAAUUAAGUCUUAAGUAAUUUGUACCAUAAAAGCAAAGAAUUUUAAAAGAACUUUGAGGAAUCUGAAAUAACUGCAGCAAUUUUACUUUUUAAUUGUUUUUACUUUUUUAUUACAUUUUAGUUUUUGAAGAAAAAGUGUAACUUCUGCAGAGAAAAUUAGAAUGUAGAUUUGGAAUACGACAUAGAGUAAGGAGUAGAAUGAGACCAUAACAACCCGUACUGAUUAACAUGAAAUCAUGAAUAUGCAAAUAUUUUGAAAUACAAUCUUAGAAAACAGGCAGUACUCACUAUGUCAUAUGAGGCUUUAAUAAAUUAAGCACAGAAGAAAUACUUUUGGCUGUAGUGAAAGCACUGCUUUUCUGUGGGUUUUUCUAUUGUUUUUUUCCUCUUUAUUUGAGGUUCUUUACUGGGUGAUUGCAGUAAGUCUUCUCUUAAAACCAUCUUUUGUGGGUUCUUUGGUUUGUUCUUAAACAAGAGUGAAAACCAAGUUGGUGGUAGAGCUUCAAUGCUUUAUCCAAGAGUUGUAAGUUGUACUGCUACAUUUUAUACUCGUGUAAGAGUGAAAGAGGUCAGUUCUUUAUAAUUGCUGCAGCUCCUGGUACUUAUCUGGACAGUGAUUUUUUUUUUUUUUUAAACCAUGUUACAUAUAGUGUAUUGCAGUAUAAUGAAUUGUGCCUACUGGAUUUUAACAAUAUUGGCAUCAGUAUUGUCAGACCUCCUUUAAUAUCACCUCUGUUAUUUUGGAAAUCUGUGGAUUUUAAUUUUCAUCACAAACUAAUGUUUUGUAAUAUGUUGCUUAUAAUGUCUGAGGUUAAAUAGGAGUGUUUGAAGAGUCUUGGAGUCUUACCUAUUUCUGUGUCUGAGCGAUAAGCUCAGAGGUCUCUGCAAAGAUGAAGUCACCCAUUCGUUCAUUAUUAUAUUUAGCUUUUCAGUUCUGCAAGUUGUAAAUCCUGAUAGAACAGGAUACGGGUAGUUGGAAGACUAUACAUAAAUUAUUAUUUAAAGAAGUGGCCUAUCUAAAAAAACAAAAAAACACUGCCUCUGCUUUUUUUUAGUAUAGCUUUAAUAAAUCUCCAUCUUUGAAAGGUAUAUAAUAUUGGUGCAGUACUGACAAACAGUGGUUGCUGUUUGUCUCUCUCUUUUUUUUCCAUAAAGACAGGGCUUGUAUCUUCUAUGCCUAAAUGUAUUAACUGUGUUAGGUAGGUUUUACUUCAGCUUAUGUCUUUUCAGCAGAAAAAUCUGUACCUGGAUAGCACUGUAAAAGACAAAUCACCCUUGUAGAUCUUUAUUUUUCUGAAAUCAGAAUGUCAGUGUUUUUGCAGGUCACCUGCAGAAUAUCCAUAGAUGCCUCACUUACAAAUUUGUUUUUAUUAUUUUUAAGAGGAUUGCUGUAUUACCUCAGUCUACCACUAUCUGAAUCAUAAGAAGGUGACCAUUGCCCUUAAUUAAAACAUCCAGAGAUUUCAUUGUGAACCAAAGCCUAGAACAUAUUAUGCAUUCUAAAAAAAAAAAAAAAAUAAGAAAAAGAAAAAAGAAGAAAAAGGAUGGUAUUAGACCUUGCUGCAGCCUUUAACUGGAGAGAUGUCCAGAAAAUAGCGCAAUAACUGCUGGAACAAACAACUUAACUGCUGUUUAUUGUCAUUGUGAAGUAUUCUUGUGUUUUAAUGUUUACUAUUGUUUGGAGUGUAACAGUCUUGCAUUUGCACAUAAGCACGAGCUGCUGUGAUAGAGGAUAGAUCAUUGCAUUAACUUCAGCUUCUGCAUGAACACUUACAGUGUGAUUCAAGAUGUAUCCUAAACUUGUCUUGUAACUCUUGUGUGUUUUCUAGGUAAUCGACUGUAAAGGUUUAGAUCUUGAUUGUAUGAAUGCAUAAAACAACUGCUGCUUUUGUCACUGAUAUUUGUUCUUUAUCCCUCCCGUAUCCCAAGAAAGAUGGGUAUUUUUAUAGGGAUGGAGUGUAUGUUUAAGAACAGUUCCAUCCUUUGGGAGUUAGACAGUUUUUGCUUUGCAUAUUAUGUGCUUCUCGACAAAAGUGUGGUAUAUUGACUUUAAGGGUUAAAUUAGUGUGCAUUCAAAUCUUUAUGGUACUGAUGGAAAACUUACUGUGACUUCCAGUGAAUAGUCAGAUGCUACCUAUUUAAACACCGGUCAUUCAGCUUUUUCUUACAUAUUUAUUAAACAAAACUGAUGAAGUAGCUGGGUACUCAGAUGCUUGGAAAGACUAUUAUGCAUAAACUUACCUGUUGUAUGUAAACUUCCACUUUCCUGUGAUGCUGUUAGGCUUUAUACAAACAUACAUAUUGUAACAUCAGGUAUUUAACAGCCUCAUGACAUCCUGUUAUCUCUCUAGACUGUACUUUGAUUCUGGAGUAAAAUUCAGAAAGUAAUAGCCUCCUCACUUCCUGUGGGAAGUUACGUGAAGUGCAAGAAGCCAUGCUGUUCUUAACCAAAUAAAAUGAUCAGUUACAGUAUUCUGAGGUAUGUCUGAGAAGGGAAAGUGAAAAACAAAAUAAAAUCCAUUCUUAUUGCCCAAGUAGAUAACAAUGGUUGCUAUAUGAAUUGUAUUGGGUGCAGUUGCUUGAUGCCAGUGCUAAAUUAGUACAACUAUAAAGCCUCAUUUUCACUGAGCCUCUGCUUGCUUUUUUUUCUGCACAAUCAUAUAAGCCUAUGUGUUUGGUCUUUGAGUACUACAUGUGUAUUUUUCAGACAAUUAGUUUUGAGCAAUAAAGUUUGAUAUUAUAAAAA